CGCGUCUGUCGGAUCAAGGGGGAUGGGAGCCUCCUGCUGCCCUUUGCUGUAUUUCUCUCUCUCCUCUCCACUGUCGGGGCGGUUAGGGUUAGGGCGGUCGGGUGCUUUAAUUAAAGCUGAAGAAACUAGCCCGGGGACGGUAGUGACCCUCAGACUUUGGACCCCAGACCACGCCCACCUGGCAAGGAAGACAAAGUCUGGCUCUCUACCGAGGUCACUUUGCGUCGGGGAGAUCAGCCUGGGGCUUUGGGAACUUGAGAGCUGGAGAGACUUGACUUCAGUCUUAAGCGGGCUGCUUGUUUCAAAUGGUCCGCCGAUGUGCAUGUAGAAGGUCCCAGAUCCCUAGGAAGCUUAGUCUCAAUGGGCAUUCCUCUUCCUCCUUCUCAUCCUCUUCAGUGCCAACAACCAAGCUGUUCAUUGAUGGCAAGUUUGUCGAAUCCAAAAGUAAUGAAUGGAUUGAUGUUCAUAACCCAGCCACCAAUGAAGUGGUUAGUCGUGUUCCAAAAGCCACACAAAGUGAGAUGGAAGCAGCACUGGCUUCAUGCAAAAGAUCUUUGCAGAACUGGUCUGAGACAUCAAUUCUGAGCCGACAGCAAGUCUUCCUGCGAUACCAACAGCUCAUCAAAGACAAUCUGAAAGAAAUUUCAAAACUCAUCACCUUGGAGCAAGGCAAGACCCUGGCUGACGCUGAGGGAGAUGUGUUCCGAGGCCUCCAGGUCGUUGAACAUGCUUGUAGUGUGACGUCCCUUAUGUUGGGCGAAACUCUUCCCUCCAUUACUAAAGACAUGGACACUUACACAUAUCGUUUGCCUCUGGGAGUAUGUGCAGGCAUUGCACCCUUCAAUUUCCCAGCCAUGAUUCCUCUUUGGAUGUUCCCCAUGGCCAUGGUGUGUGGAAAUACUUUCUUGAUGAAGCCUUCAGAACGUGUGCCAGGAUCCCUCAUGUUCCUUGCCAAACUAUUGCAGGAUGCGGGUGCUCCAGAUGGAACUCUGAACAUUAUCCAUGGACAACAUGAAGCUGUGAAUUUUAUUUGUGACCAUCCCGAUAUCAAAGCCAUCAGCUUUGUGGGAUCUAAUAAGGCUGGAGAACACAUCUAUGAAAGAGGUUCCAAGAAUGGCAAGAGAGUCCAAGCCAACAUGGGAGCUAAGAACCAUGGAGUGGUAAUGCCUGAUGCCAAUAAGGAGAACACUCUGAAUCAGUUGGUUGGUGCAGCUUUUGGAGCAGCUGGGCAGCGCUGCAUGGCCUUAUCUACAGCAGUCCUGGUGGGAGAGGCUCAGAAAUGGUUGCCAGAAUUGGUGGAGAAGGCGAAAAACCUGAGAGUUAAUGCAGGAGACCAACCAGGAGCAGAUCUGGGGCCCUUGAUCAGCCCUCAGGCCAAAGAGCGUGUCUGUCAGCUGGUUGACAGUGGUGAGAAGGAAGGGGCUACCAUUCUACUUGAUGGACGAAAGAUAAGAGUGAAAGGCUUUGAAAAUGGCAAUUUUGUUGGACCGACUAUCAUUGCUAAGGUUCAGCCUGAUAUGACUUGCUAUAAGGAGGAAAUCUUUGGACCAGUUCUAGUGGUUCUGGAAGCAGACACCCUGGAUGAAGCAAUUGACAUCGUUAACAAGAAUCCCUAUGGGAAUGGAACGGCAAUCUUCACCACUAAUGGUGCCACUGCUCGGAAAUACUCCCAUUUAGUGGAUGUUGGGCAGGUUGGUGUGAAUGUUCCAAUUCCAGUGCCUUUGCCAAUGUUCUCCUUCACUGGCUCACGUGGGUCCUUCAGGGGUGACACCAAUUUCUACGGCAAACAGGGGGUGCAAUUCUACACACAGUUGAAGACAAUCACUUCUCAGUGGAAAGAGGAAGAUGCCACCCUUGCCAAGCCUGCUGUAGUUAUGCCAACCAUGGGGAACUAAAAGCAGUGUGUGCGUCACUUGUUAGAGAAGGUGUUGAAAGUGUUCCUCAUCUACUACGGUGAAGGGUACUCUUUGAUGUUCCCUAAUUCCAUUGUUGCCCUAGAAAUACAAAGACCUCUUCAUUUCAAAUCAAAUUGGCCAAGGGGCUUUAACACAAAAUUUAGAUUUUUCAUCUUCAGCUAAGCUAAAUGCAUCUUCUAAAGGAAAUACUCUGCUUUGAGUAAUCAGACAAAAAUAUGAUCAGCUUCUGUCCAAGCUCUAUUCUCCAUUGAAUGUUUGCUUUUUGGUGCCAAUUAUAUCAGUUGCUGGUAUCACUAGUGCAGUUCACAUGUGGUGUGCCCUGGUCCUGUAAGACUGUAAAUCAGUUUUCCCCUAAGAAACUCUGGGUAUUUUGGAGCAGCAGAUUUCUUUGUAAUAGGACUGUGUGGCAAAUUUUAGGAAAGAGAAAUCUGGCCCUUAACUUUAGUAAAUAGUCUUCAAGAAUCCAACACAGAAGAAAUAGCUGCCCCAAGGGCAUGGUCUUGUGAACAACCAGAUACAGCUCACCUUCAUUGGGAGCUUUUAGUCCCCAUCAUGCAUGGAAGCAAUGUGCUAAUACAGUUUUAAAAUAAGACUUUUUUCUACCUUACUCAGCAAUGUGCCUACAUAAGAUUUAUAUAUGAUUUUUUAAAAAAGAGAAUAUGUGUGAUCUGUUUCUAACAUUUCUGGAUCUAACGGGAAAGCAGAGAGAAUACUUUUCAAGAAACAAUCAGUCCUAUUAAGGUAGCUUUUGCUGGAAUAUUGCUUCCCAUUUCACAACUUUACCAAAUGUGAGUUGAGAACUGAAGACUCUAGCAAUAAUUAUGGGCGGACAGGUCAUCCUUCAUACUGGGAGUGCAUAGUACUUUUUAUAUGGAGAUCUUGGAUUGCAUAGCACCCUGUGGAGUGCACAGGUUGCUGUGAGUGAUGCAGCCAUGGGACAAAGGAGAUAGGGAUGCUACUUCUGGACUUAAUAGGUACCCUCUUCAGACAAUUUUAAAAAGCAGGGAUGCUGUACAGCAUCCCAAGAGUGCACCUUGAAGCCCCACCCCCCCGGGCUCAAUGGUUACAGCAUUUGCUUGCAGAGACAAACCCAUGCACAGACUCUGUCUAUAAUCGGACUGCCAAGAAGCCCCAGCUUUCAGUCACAGAAAGAAUCUGUUCACGGUUGCAACAUUUGUCUCUGGAGCCAAAAGUUGUAACCAUGAAUAGUGGGAGAUUUCUGAGCACAUCAGUGCAGAGAUGAGGCUUCAGGGUGCCUUCUUGGGAUGCAUCCCUGCUUUUAAAAUGUUUUAAGAGAGCUAAGAUGUCUAAAGUAUGAGUUUAAAAAAACACUCACUAGAAGAAUUUCCUCCUUUUACUUGGAAAUCAUGCUGUUAAUUCUUUUGUUUAAUCAAACAAACUCAGACUUCUAAAUAUUCUGCCUUGUGUAACAAGCAAGUGCUUAAAUUAAACACUUAAAUUAAAAUGAUAAUCAGUAGUUGAAUUGGUUAUUCAUCUGUAUGCUAGAAGGGGACACAUAAUGGUGUUAAUCAUGAAUAAACAGCUAUUAAUUUCAGAA